AUGUCAAUGUUAAAAGGCAGAGCUAUUGGCCCACGUUUUGAUUUCGAGGAAGAACAACGACAGGUACAAGAAAUUGUACGGAAGAAAAAUUUCUUUCUUCAUUUGGCAUAUACAAAAGAAAAACAGUUGAUUCUUCCUUUUUCACGUCGAUCCAUUGGUUUAGUAUUGGAUCAAUUAAUCGAUGAACAUGAUCCAACUUUGGUUAUUCGUUGUGCUCAGAUUGAUCUUCGAGUUGACUUUAGUGAUCGUUAUCCACACAAAAAGAUCAUCCGACUCAUCGACGAGAGAAUGGAAACCAUACAUGAUGUACGCCGAUAUUUAAGACUGAAGACAAAUACAUACGGUGCUUGUGUUGGGCUUUCACCGACAGAGAAACGUCGAGAACGACGAAGACGGCAACGUCAACGACAACGUCAACGACAUCUUCAAGAGGAAGACAACUCGGCGCUGCGGUCCAUUUUGAAAGAGCAUGCUUUUCUUCGUGAGAAAAGUUAUCAACAACAAAUCGUUCUCGAUGAAUUAAAAGAAAAGGUAGAGCAAUUGUAUGCUUUACCUGGGAAAAUUUACGACCAUCUCGACCAAAUUGCUUCUGGUUUUGGUGCUAUUCAAAACCGACUUGGAGAAAUUCAUCUCGAACGUCCUGAGGGAGGUCUACGGUAUCGAGGACUCUGA